AUGGCCCCCAACCUCUUUCUCUGUGCGCGCACCAUCUUCUGCCCAGUCUACUGGUUCCAGAUGGGUGAUCGCGACAGCAACCUCAAGGAACAGCACUGGCAAUCCCCCGUUCCAGGAACCUACAGAUUCCUCCCAGGUCGCGGCUGGCACCUCAUCCAUCGGGAUGGACACGAAAACGAAGAAAAAAUUCCGGCAGCCCUGGUCUAUUGCCGCAUCCUUCAUCGAUACAUGUUCGAAUCGGAAUUAGAGGAUCGCUGUCGCUGGUUCGACGCCCCGUUGCACAAGGGUGCGCGUCCGGAGAAGCUGCGCUUCUUCCUCCUCGACGACGGCAUCCACUGGGUUGCUGGCUGGGAUGCCCAGGGCAAUUUCAUCCCUGGCCCUUAUCCCAAGUGGUGGCUCGAAGAAGAUGGCUGCACUAUGCGCCGUGGUGCCUCGCCUCCCACUAGUGCGAACGUCUCCCGUUGCAGCAGUAUCAUUGCUGGCAAAUUGGAAUGA